UACAUAUAGAGCCUCUUAUAGCUCUUCCACGCUAAAGAGCACCAUGGCUAUCGCUGUUUUUGUUGCUUGCAUCCUCUUCCUCCUUUCACUUCUCUCUCUACUUCUCUCAUCAACCAAAAACCAUCAAUUUAAUCUCCCACCGGGGCCCUUUAACCUUCCAAUCAUCGGAAACCUCCACCACUUCCGCGAACUCCCACAUCGUUCCCUGCACAAACUCUCUCAAAAACACGGCCCUCUCGUUUACCUCAAACUCGGCACCGUCCCCACCGUCCUCGCCUCAUCGGCCGAAAUUGCAAGAGAAUUCCUGAAAACACACGACCUUGAAUGCUGCAGCAGACCCUCACUCACCCCCACAAACAAACUUUCUUAUGGCUGUCGUGAUGUUGUUUUCUCACCCUACGAUGAUCAAUGGAGAGAGCUCCGAAAACUUUGCAUCCUCAAUCUCUUCAGCCCCAAAAAAAUCGCUUCGUUUCGAUCUAUUAGAGAAGAGGAGGUCGACAGAAUGAUUCGCUCGAUAUAUUCUCAACAAAAUUUGGAGGUUAAUUUGAGCGAAGAGGUGAUGUUACUAGCGAAUAAUAUUACGUGUAGGACCUCUUUAGGGAAAAGAUAUUAUAGCGGAGAGGGAGCUACGCGAAUUUUGAAGGAAACACAGGCGUUGUUUAUGGGAUUUUUCUUCGCUGAUUAUGUGCCGACUUUGGGAUGGUUGGAUAAAUUCACCGGGAUGAGAGAGAGAUUGGAGGAGAACUUUAGGGAGCUUGAUGGGUUUUUUCAGCGGGUUAUUGAUGAACAUUUGGAUCCGUUAAGGAAGGGAGAUACUAGGGAUGAAGAUGUCGUUGAAGCUUUGCUUGAUUUGCGGAGGUGGGGAAGGGAUGUGAGUGAUGAACACAUCAAGGGAGUUCUCAUGAAUAUAUUUGUUGCUGGAUCAGACACAUCCUCAGCAACACUAGAUUGGACAAUGGCAGAGCUCAUGAGAAAUCCCGAAGUCAUGAGAAAAGCACAAAAUGAGGUGAGAAGAAUCAUCAGAAACAAAGAAAAAGUAGUCGAAAGUGACCUCGACCAACUUCACUAUAUGAAGUCAAUUGUGAAGGAGUCAUUGAGACUACACUCACCAGUACCAUUGCUUGUUCAAAGGGAGACUAUACAACACUUUAAAAUCAACGGCUAUGAUAUCCCUGCAAAAACAAGGCUCUUGAUCAACAUGUGGACGAUAGGAAAAGAUGGAGAUGUUUGGGAAAAUCCAGAAGAAUUCUAUCCAGAAAGAUUUAUAGACAGUUCUGUAGAUUUCAGAGGCCAACAUUUUGAGCUCAUACCAUUUGGUGCAGGACGAAGAAUUUGUCCUGGGUUGAACUCCGGAAUGCUAGUCGUUGAGCUUGCCCUCGCUAAUCUUCUUUAUCUUUUUGAUUGGGAAAUGCCAAAUGGGAUGACGAAAAAUGAAAUUAAUAUGAGUGAAUCUCCUGGUGUCACAGUGCAUAGACGAUUUCCUCUUCGUCUUCAAGCCAAAAGAUUUUCAGGGUUGCAGAAAUAAUCUCUAUGUUGAUACACAAUAGAUAAUAUAUUCUAUAUGGAAAUAAUGUUAAAUAUUGAUAAGUUCUUGUAGUUUGUGCGUCUUCUUGAAUAAGAUGUGGAAAUUUUAGUAAGCCAUAUUGUAUGCUCUAAGUAAUGAGAGAUAAGAUGUGGAAAUUUUAGUAAGCCAUAUUGUAUGCUCUAAGUAAUGAGAGAUUAGUGUAUCUAAUUUCACCGCUCACUUUGAUCGUACAAUUCUUGUAAUUUUGA